GUAGCAACUAAUAAACAACGCUCUCUUUCCCGUUCUUCUCUCCCUCACAGAAAAAGAAAAAAAAUGGCAUAUUUUCUCUGUUAUUUGUCACUUGUUCUUUAAUUCCUUCGUUUUCCCACAAAACAGAAGAAAAAAAAUCCAUCUUCUUCAAAGCUUGUUACUUUCAGAAAGGUGGACCUUUUAACAGUUUAAUCCCUGUUCACUAAUAUUGGAGCUUCGUAGGCGCUUUUAUGUUAUUCUAGCCUUUCCGAUUUGCAUGGAGUGUAGAUUUGAAGGAAAAUUCAAGUAUAGGUUAUUCGAGGUAAAUGCAUGGAUCGAAGGGAUGCUAUGGCGUUAUCUGGCUCUUACUAUAUGCAACAAAGAGGAAUAACUGGCUCCGGUUCCGGGACACAAACUGGGGUACAUGGAUCACCAGGCAUUCAUCCGUUAUCGAAUUCGAAUGUUCAAUACCAAUCAAGUAUUAAUGCCACUACUAUGGGAGCAAACUUACCUGUAGAGCCUAUGUCGGGAAUGACCCCUCAUAGUGUCAAUGUAGACACACCUCCUACAGUGCCGCCUAGUGAGACCGUGAAGCGUAAAAGAGGGAGACCUCGAAAGUACGGACCAGAUGGAGCUGUUUCGUUAGCACUGACUCCUUCAUCAGCUUCUCAUCCUGGAACAAUAACUCCAACCCAAAAACGGGGAAGAGGGCGGCCGCGGGGUACCGGAAGGAAGCAACAGUUGUCUUCCCUUGGUGAAUUGCUGGCUGGUUCAGAUGGAACGUGUUUUACUCCACAUGUCAUCACCAUUGCUAUAGGAGAAGACAUUGCGACAAAAUUAAUGUCAUUUUCACAGCAAGGGUCAAGAGAAGUAUGCAUUUUGUCAGCCAAUGGUGCCAUCUCAACCGUUGCUCUUCUCCAGCCAUCAUCGUUGGGUGGCACUGUUACAUACAAGGGACGAUUCGAGAUACUAUGUUUGUCGGGAUCUUACCUAUUGACAAGCAAUGGUGACUCUUGCAAUCGAACUGGUGGCCUUAGUGUUUCUCUUGCCAGUCCUGAUGGCCAUGUCAUUGGUGGAGGUGUUGGAGGGAUGCUUAUCGCAGCAAGCCCCGUCCAGGUGAUCGUUGGAAGUUUUAUCCGGGGUGGUUCAAAGGCGAAGAACAAGAAAGGAGGAAGUCAAGAUGGUCUAAAAGACUCGGAUGAUCAGAUUGUGGACAACCUAGUAGCUCCUACUGGCAUUUCACCAAAUCAUAAUCCGACUCCAAGUUUGGUUGCAGGUGUUUGGCCUGGGGCACGAUCUAUGGAUAUGUGUAGUAAUAGCCAUAUCGACAUUGAUCUAAUGCGCGGAUGACGACACUCUUUUCCUCCGGCAAUGUAUAUAGUUUGCUGUUGAAGGCCAUCGGAUUGUAAUUUGAAAGUGUUAUGGGAUUUGUUGGGAAUGGAGCAGC